AUGACUAGUAAUGAUAUUAAAUAAGCACUUAAAAAAUAUUAGCCAUAAUUAGAUUAGGAUUACUAAUAAAAAUUACAAAUUGCUAAAUACACAAAUUUGUCUGAUAUUGAAAAAAGCAAUUUUCUAUUAAAUUUAGGUAUGUUUAGAUUUAGCAUAUAGGUUUUGGAUAAUAAAAUGUUUUCUUUUUAUUUGAUGGAAAUAUAUAGCAUAACUUUGAUAAUGAUAAGAUAAUAUAUCAUACAAUAAAUUGUUUGGAUAAAAAAAUAGAUGAAAAGUAUUUUAUGACAAUAUUAUAUUAGUACUUACACUAUUGUAUAUAUAGUGGCAGAUCAUGAUGGAUCAAAAUAAAUGAAAAGAUUUAGAAAGAUGUUAAAGUAGCUUCCUAGCAAAUAUUUCAUUUAAUUAUAAGGGUUUUAUGUAUAUGCUGCAAAUUUUGGAAUAAGAACAAAACUUUUAUUUUUAAAAUCAAAGAGAGAGAGAGUAUGGUACAAGAAGAUUAAAUUUAUUGAUGAGUAUGCUUAAACUUAUUUUAAGAGUAGAGGAUCUAUUAAAGAUACCAAAUUUUUAAGCUAGUUGGUUGAAUACAUUUCCUAAAUAAAUUUUGACUUUUGAAAAAAAAGAUUCAACUCUAUAAAUUAAAUAAUCAUAAAGUUCUUUUGGUUCACAUUUGAAUAACUAAAAGUUAAAUCAAUUUUAAAUUCCAAUAGUAAUAGAUUAUUUACUCUCUUAUUUUGCAAUAAAUACAGAUAGAUUUUUAAUACCAGAUAUAUUUAGAUAAUAGGGUUCAAUUAUUGAUGAAGAAUAAUUAUAAUAAAUGUUGAUUAAUGAGAAUUAUGAAUAUUUGAAUACUAUAGAAGAUGUGAGAAUUGUUUGUAGUCUUAUAAAGAAGUUUUUUUUAGAAUUAGCUGAACCAUUAAUACCUGAUCAAAUUUUUUAAUAAAUCUGUAUUAAAAUAGAAUGUAAGUUAUUAUAUUAAAAUAAUUAGAAAUAACUCCUUAAACAGAAAUUGAAUUCUUAUAAGAAAUAUUUGAAUAAUUACCUAAUUUAAAUUUAAAAUUGUUGAUUGCUAUGGUCACCUUUCUAUUUUCGGUUGGAAGUUAUUCUGAAUUUAAUCGUAUGAAUAUGAAUAAUUUGGCUAUUAUAUUUGCACCUUGUUUUAUGAGAGCUUAAAUAGAUUAGAGUUAAUAAAAUGAAAAAAUUGGAUAUUAAUUGAAAUUCUUAAAGAUUUUAUUUGAAAAUUUUCACAAAAUACACCCACAGAUUUCAUUUAAAUUAUAUUUGUAGCAUACGUAAAAUUUAUCUUGUUCAUCAAACAUUAAUAAUAAUUCAACCGGUACAGAAAGCAAUAUAAAGAAAAAUCAAAAAUUAUCUUCAUUAGAAGAUGAAAAACUUGUUCAAUUUUAAUAAAAGUAGAAAUGA